AAUGUGGCGCGGUUUUGUGACCGGCGCAAUUGAACCAGCACGAAGCAAAGCCAAAAGCGACUCGGAAUCGCACGGCAGCUGGUUUUGAAAUGAGUCAGGGGCGGUUUACAGAAAUCGCAAAGUUUGAGAUGCAACCCAGUCUCGAGGAGGUACAUACUGUACGCAACUCAGGGAUGCGUUAGGCUACGGCACUGCAUGAUGGCCAUGCAGCGCGUCGCGAUCCAAUCACAGACUGGCUGCCAUCGUGAGAUGCACAACCAAGGGGGUGUACCGCAGCCUUGGGUCGACAUUGUCCGAGAUGACUGGCCGAUUAUCUUUUCCUUCGCUUCCUGGCGGCUUUUGAAACACGCGCGCUUGUGCGAGCUUUGUUGUUGGACAGCGCAUUGGCUUCAGUGCAGGGCUUGCAUGUCGGUGGCUGUGGGUGAAUUGACUGUAGUAUUGAGAGACGAUUCAACGCCGAGGGAGCCUGCCGGGACGUUGAUGGGACCAGUGGGCGGAAAUGCAGUUUACAUUCCGGCGGUGAUUCGAGUUGGCAGUGUCUGCGAAGGAGUGCACGACGAGAUCAGACUGCCAGACAGUCAACAUGGAUUGUUGUCAUCAACGGCAAUGCAAUCGAUUCGGGGAGCUCAAACAUUAAGAGGGAAAGGACAGCGGUGGUCGGUGGACUGGCAACCAUCGUCGACGUGGUUCUAUAACUUUGGUUGUCAGACUCAAGCGUCGAGUUAUCCUUUGUUGUCCCUCUGGUCUCCAUGGAUAACUUAGCCAAAGACCAUGAUCCUCCACCCUGAAAUCACGCUAUGGCUCCCUAAUUCUAAGCUUUCCUUCUCCGUGAUUGCGUCCCCGACGGUGCAACACCGGCCCAAGAAGGGCGCAGUGGUAAUCCGGUGUGAUUA